CGGCAGAACCUGCAGGAUGUGCUGCCCUCCCUGCCCUCCCAGGACGACCAUUUCCUCCUGAAAUGGCUUCGAGCGCGUGGCUUCGACCUGCCCAAGUCGGAGGCGAUGCUGCGCAAGCACGUCGAGGUCCGGAAGCACAUGGAUGCCGACAACAUCAUCGCCUGGCAAGCCCCCGAGGUGAUCGGGAAGUACAUGCCGGGGGGGCUGUGGGGGUACGACCGGGAGGGCAGCCCCAUCUGGUACGAGAUCAUCGGGCCGCUGGACGCCAAGGGGCUGCUCUUCUCCGCCUCCAAGCAGGACCUCAUCAAGAACAAGUUCCGUGACUGCGAGGUGCUGCGCCAGGAGUGCCAGCAGCAGAGCCAGAAGUUGGGCAAGCACAUUGAGAUGGUGAUGAUGAUCUAUGACUGCGAGGGCCUGGGCUUGAAGCACCUCUGGAAACCUGCUGUGGACACCUACGGGGAGAUCCUGUCCAUGUUUGAGGAGAAUUACCCCGAGUCCCUCAAACGCCUGUUCAUCGUGAAGGUCCCCGUAGCCUACAACCUCGUCAAGCACUUCCUGAGCGAGGACACCCGCAAGAAGGUCGUGGUCCUGGGAUCCAACUGGAAGGAGGUCCUGCAGCAGUACAUUGACCCCGAGCAGAUCCCGGUGGAGUACGGGGGCACCAUGACCGACCCCGACGGGAACCCCAAGUGCCCCAGCAAGAUCAACUACGGAGGGGACGUGCCGCAGAGCUACUACGUGCGGGACCAGCUGGCGCAGCAGUACGAGCACACGGUGGUGGUGAAUCGCGGCUCGUCCCACCAGGUGGAGCACGAGAUCCUCUUCCCGGGCUGCGUCCUCAGGUGGCAGUUCAGGUCCGAGGGAGCCGACGUGGGUUUCGGGAUCUACCUGAAGACCAAGGUGGGGGAGCGGCAGCGCGCGGGCGACAUGGCCGAGGUCUAUCCCAACCAGCGCUACAACGCGCACCUGGUGCCCGAGGACGGCUCCCUCACCUGCGCCACACCUGGCAUCUGGACCCUCUUGGUGGCCGAGCUGGGCGAGGAGCCUGAGGGGCCCUUCGGGUCCUGCCUCAACCUGAAGGACUUUGAUGCCCUGAUCCUGGACCUGGAGAGGGAGCUGAGCCAGCAGAUCAAUGUCUGCCUGUGA